AUUAUAUGCAUCUAGGGCAAUAUUAGCAGCGAGAUCAGAAGUAUUUGAUGGGCUACUUUAUAAUGGAAUGAAAGAAAGCUACGAGAAUCAAAUUUCUUUUCCAACGAUUAAUUCUUUUGUAAUGGAAAUUGUGUUGGAAUAUGCUUAUACAGGUUCAAUUAAAGAAGAAUCAAUAACCGAAGAAAAUAUAAUUGAAGCCUUCAGCGCCGCAGAUUAUUUUCAAUUACCAAAUCUCCAGGAAUUUAUCAUGAGAAUUUUAAAAAAUGCCUUACUAGUUAGUCGCUCAGAAGAUUAUUUACCAGAAUUUUUGUCGAAAGUCGUGAAAACUAUGCCAUUUACGGAAAAUAAUAUUCUCGUAAACUUGUUAGUCGAAGAACUAGCAACUAUUCCAUUAAAUGCAAUUGAAUUUGGUCGAUUAUCACUUGAAGCACUUCAAUGUCUUUUGUCUCACACACACGAGAAAGCAAAGCCCUUUGCAACACCGGAAUACGAAGUUCUCAGAUAUAGUGUUAUUCUAGCAGGAAAAAAAGUAUCCAACGAUGCAUAUGAAAUUCUUUUUAAACAGUUACCAGUUUUAGAACAAAUAGAAAAUCAGAUCCAAGUAGAAAAUAAUUUUACCGAUUGUCAAAAAGUUGCUGAAAUAUUAGAACCUUUAAUUGAAUAUAUUGAUUUCAAGAGAAUUAAAGGUCAAAUAUUAGCAAAAUUUAUUGAGCCAUUGGGAAUUAUUCCAUCAGAAGUAAUCAUGGAUGUUUAUCGAUAUAAAGUAAUGUCGAAUGAUUCUGAUUUAAACGAUGUUCGCGGAAUAUCUUCUUACGCUUGGGAUGAGUUAGCAUGUGGAUCGAGACUUAUUAUUAAGGAAAAUGGAAAUGUUGUAGAAUCGCCAUAUGGUAACCAUCUUCAAAGUAUUAGAAGUAGAAUGUCAUUUGAAAAUGAAGGAAUCUAUGAGUGGGACGUCAUUAUUGAGAGAAAGUGUAAAAUUGUUUAUGUCGGAGUAUGCGGACCAGGGGAUUUAAAUUACGAAAAAUUUGCAGGAUCUCAACCCAAUGGAUGGGUAUUGGGUUCCAAUGGCAAUUGUUGUAAUUCCGGAAUUUGGCAAAACGAAUAUUGUAAUAAAUUUGGAGAUGGUGCGAGAGUUACUGUUCAUUUAAAUAUGAAUUGCGGAACUUGCGCCUUUACGGUCAAUGGCGUAAGGUAUCCAGACGUACUAGUGUGGAAUGAUUUACCAUCAAGGCUUUAUCCUGUAGCAUCGUUAUGUCAUCCUGGUCGCCUUCGAAUUCAACCUUCUCAAAAUGUUCAAAUAAUUGAAUUGAGUUAAUUAUUUUUUAUGUAUACUUCUCCAGUUAUAUUGGUUAUAUUGAAGUUUAGUUGGUUCAUUGUAUGCAAAUUCAUGUUAUUCUGUUUCAAAAACGCGUACGAAUGAAUCACAUGACAUUCCAUUUUUUAUGGGGGGAGAAUAACUCUUAUCGACAUUAUUUUAAAUUUUUUCUUUUACGUAUUAAUUAGUGUAACUAUCAUAUUCAGAUUAAUUCCUAAUUG